UAGAUUAUAUAAGUACCAUAUAUAAGAUUCAGAUAAUUCCAUUAGAACAUACAGAAUGUGAGUGAUUGCAGUCACAAAAAACAGUAAUUAGGACCUGUGUCCAUUUUCAGUAUAAGAAAUAUUAGACAAAUUGCGUUUUAAGCAAAAAGUGAGUAUUGACGUAAAGAAAUAACGGCCUGAAUUAUACCGUAAUAACAUCGAGUGAUUUGAAGAAAAAUAUUUUGCCAUAUCGCCCAUCCAUACGAAGGGACCAACCUAGCCCCUGGUCAGCAAAAUUUGGCUUGUAAAAAGGACUAUUACAGUACAGCAGCGUGGCAUGUUGGGAUAUAUGCAAAUUAUCUGGUCGAGUUUCCCCAGUGAUGUCAUUUCAAAACGGCGGCUUACACAGUCAACAAAAAAAGAAUCUCACUCGAAAUCUGCUAAAGUAUAUAGCAACAACACAAAACAGCGUUUUCAUGGAGGCAGCCAUGUUUGUUCCCAGAUGUGUCGCUCAAACGGGAGACGUUCGAGUUUGGGAGGGGAAGUCGAACGCAGGAACCGAUUUCAAGUUCGACUUUCUGUCAUAAAAACUACAUAGACCAGAAUGCACCAUUACAUCCCGGAUGUGUAUCAAACAUGGACAGCUGAUAAGGACGUGGAAGUUGUUGCACCGACAGCUUACGCUGUCUUUCUUGGAAGGCGUAUACAAAUUCUGAACGUUGUUACAGCGAAUGACAGCUUUGCUGGCAAUUAGUUGUAUGUGGCUCGUUAGUUAGCUAGCACCGAGUCUUUAAAGCUGAUUUAAAAAAAACUCCCCCCUCGCUAGCUCACUGUCAGAUAUUGAAAUGGCAGGCAUCGAAAGGACUCCAGAGUCUGCGGUCAUAAGGAGAUUGAAGCGUUUCAGAGACAAAUACUUAAUGAGUCUGUGGAAUGAUACGCGUAACGUCCAGCACCCCGGAAAUGUGGAUGAAAACACAGCGACUGGCUGCUCCUUGAACAGUUUACCGGUGGAUGUGCAGUUUCGAAUUAUGGCUCUUCUGACUCCCCAAGACCUCUGUCGGCUGGGCAGCACUAAUUACUAUUGGAGGUCAGUGGUCAGAGACCCCCUGCUGUGGAAGUACUUCCUGCUCAGAGAUAUGCCUCUCUGGUCUUCCGUUGACCAUACCUCCAUGCCACAUCUGGAGGCUCUGGAGGCCCCCAUCUGCAAGGACGAGGAGGAUCCUAGCCAAGACUUUAUGGCAGACUACCUGAGAGGCAGCCCUGCGUGCAGACGUCAGUGGCAACCCCCAAGGCCAGCGUACAAGGCUGUUGCCUCCUUUUUACAGUCUCUGGUUGUUCCCACUGAGCCCCGUUUUGCGAUGUUCGGUCCAGGCCUGGAGCAGCUGGACGUCUCCCUGCUGGAGAAGCUGAUGUUCUCCCCGGAUGUGCUGCCUGUUGCAGGAAUACCCCAGAGGCAGAUUGGAGGUAUUGGGUCUGGAAUUAGUUUCACAUUCAACGAUCAGCACAGAUUCAAUAUUUUGACCCUGUAUUCGACAAACAGGACUGAGAGGGAGAGAGCACGCAUUGAGCACCAGAGUGUGCAGAGCAAACUCUUCGUCCAGGAUGACCCCAAUUACAACAUCACGCCCCAGGUCCAGGAGGUGUGUCGGGCUGUGGACGGCUUCAUCUACGCGGCAAAUGCUGAAGCUGGGAGAGAUGGCGAGCGGCACAAGGAGGAAGCUCAGAUCCGGGCCAUGCUUGACGAAGCUUUGGGCUCGUCCUCGCGGCCUAUCUUGAUUUUGUCCUGCAUGGCUAGAGAGGAGCCCGAUGGAGCCAGAACAAGGACCCCUUGUGUGAACAUGGCGCGAUGGCUUAACCUGGAGCACCUAGCCAAUCCAUGGAUGGUCCAAGACACUGUGGCAGAAUCACUGUCAGGGCUUUUGGAUGGAAUCGCUUGGCUCCUGAAAGGAUGCGGCCUUAGACUGUAGCUGAGAGAAUCCAGGGUUGAUCCGCUGGGAAUGAUUAUGGGACACACACAUCUUCAUGCUGCUGCCUUUGGUUAUUACAUAUAUUUUUUGCUUGCUUGUAAAAUACAAUAUGAAUUUUGUAAUUAUUAAAUGAGCUGUACUAUUCAUAUUUUUUAUAUACUAUAGUUUUGAAAAUCCUUCUUUUUUUAAAUCAAAACUUUCCGAAAUAUUUUAUGAUUGUGUAAAUGCACCUUUUAAUAGUGUUUUAUGGGGUUUACUUCAGUUAAAAUUUGGGGGAAUUUCUUGAUGCAAGUUUGCACUUAAUGUUGUAGGUGGAGACUCCACAGUGUAUAAAAGGAUGGCAUCAAGGAUGGGCCUUAAGUACUAAUUGAAUUAUUCACAAUUGGAAUUAUUAAUUAUUACAUUUAUUAGAUGUACUCUUUAUAACUGUGGAUACAACGGUAUGUUUACUGCUGCACUUCAGAGAAGCACACUCAUAAUUCAGUUUGGCAUGUAGUUCUUCAGCACCAGUUAUGCAUGCUGGAAUAUAUAGUGAUGUUUUAAUUUCCGUGUUUAAUUUGCCUUUAAACACGUAUACCUUUCUGAACUUUCCAUUUUAUAAAAUAGAGAAUGCCAAGUUUUAUGUAUGGGGCUGAAUUAAACUUUUCAAAAUUGCCAUGUUAAGUAUGAACUGGGAAAAAAGUUCUUGCUAAAUGUACAAGAAAAUCUCCAUUUCUGCUCUUUGCACACUACCUGGACUAGUAUAUGGAACCCAGAACUCAGAAGUGAAUGGAUGUUGAACGGAAACAGUGAGUUCAGUGGAGGAAAUCUCCAUGUAUCUCGUAUAAACAAAGAAAAUUAACCCAAAAUUUCAAAUGAAGAACACUAAUUCCUAUUAAAACAUUAAUGAUUUGGCCCAUCAAAGAUGUGUUUAGAGUGAUUUGAAAUCCUCUGAGAAUAGUAACAUCAAAUAUGGUGGUGGUGAUUUCACUGAUAUUUACCAAAAAAAAUGAGUAAAUGGGUGGUCAGCAAAGAAACAUUUAACAAGCUUCAGAUCCCAUCUUUCUAACAUCAGAAAUGACUAACUUGUACCACCAGGGGUUUACCUAGAAAUUCUGCCAAGCAUUGUGAAGUAUGAGGCAUCCUCAUGAUAUCCAUGCCCUCCAAUGCCUCUGGGGUUAACUGAAGGGCCUAGUGCUCCAUGGAUAAUGUGUAGAGUUAUACAUGAUUCAGUUUUCUAAAUUCUAUUUGCAUAUGUCUGAUGGGAGAUGAAGUCCUGAUCUAGCUCUUGGGUAUUUUUAACAAGCUUCUGGACUGCAUCUCCCAUGAGCCCUGUUAUGUUUUUCAGGUAGUUGUUUCACCACAGUAGGGCACUGUUUUCGUACCAUUUCUUGUAGAUAGAAGAUGAAGCAAAUCUGUAAAUCUGAGAAGGAACAGAGAUGUUCUGCAGAGGCUGUUGUCCAGGUUGGGUGGUGAUCUCCUUUAGUUUUCUUUCUGUGUUUCUAUGUUUGUUAGUUCAUCAUGUUUUCUCAUUUUUAGUCAUUCACAUGCGGAUGUAGCUUCGUGCCUGUUUGUAAGUGUCAGCAGGGGGCAGCACUAUUCUGAAAUACAGAAGAUCAUCUAACAAAGAGGUUGCAUUUACACCUGAUGCGCAGCUAUUCUCAGAAGUCUGUAUAUGUUCCUGUAAUGUUCUAGUACUUUUAUCUCAGACAAGUUACUAUCCAAAAAUUAGUUUGAAACAACUUGUUUUAACAGGAUCUCUUAUUUUCUUAUUUAUAUUGAAAUAUUUGUAUUUCUAAAAAUGCUGGAUAAUAAGUUGAAUGUCUAGUUCAAUUGCAAUAAACUUUUGAGAGAAA